AUGGAUAAGUUGACCAAGUUAGCCCAUUUCAUUCCUGUAGUUACUACUUACUCUGCGGAACAGCUGGCUCAGCUAAAGGAUUUCUGGUGUCCAGCUCUAGUUUCCUUCUUCGCAUUCGCGAAGGGGAACUGGGGCAGGCGAGAAAUUUCUCUUCGCGUGCUUCCUAUCAGACCAGAUAUCAGUGAGCUAGCUGAACGCGGAGACUUCAAGAUGGAUUUUGCAUAUCAUAGAUGGAUGUAUAAUCGGACUUAUCCUAAUCGUAGUGGGUUGAGGGAGGAAUUUAUAGAAGGGGUUGCUGAAUUUAUGGCUAAAGCGAAAAUACUUCAUGAAUUUCUCAGUGAAGGGAUGAUUAGGUGUCCUUGUGUCAAAUGCAAGGGUGCAAAGUUAUUGCAGCCAGAUGUUGUUAAAAUUCAUCUUUAUAAAAAAGGGUUUAUGAAAAAUUAUUACGUGAAGACUAUUCAUGGAGAGGAUGUUGCUAGUGUUGGUGAUCUCGAUUUUCAAAACUUUUUUAGUAGUGAGGGUAGUCCAUUAGCUGAGAAUAAUUUUGAAAACUCUCGAUCUAAUGAAAUGGUUAGAGAUGCUUUUGUGAUGCACCCGAGGGCUCAGUCUGAACCAAAUGAUGAUGCUAAGCGCUUCUAUGAACAGUUAAAAGAAGCUAGUCGUCCAUUGUAUGAAGGUUCAAUGCAUUCUAAGUUGUCUGUUGCGGUUAGAUUAUUAAGUAUUAAAUCCGAUUCGAGUAUUUCUCAAGCGGGCAUGGACUCUAUCAUUGGCCUUAUGAAUGAACUUAAUAUGAAUAAAAUUGACCUACCCAAAGAUUUCUACACAGCAAAGAAAUUGGUUUCUAAGUUAGGACUUUCAUCAGAGAGGAUUGACUGUUGUGAGAAAGGCUGCAUGUUAUUCUAUAAGGAUGAUGCAUCUUUAAAAAAUUAUAAAUUUUGUAACCAACCUCAUUACAAGGAAGUCAUAAAUUCCAAAAAGAAGAAGGUUCCAGUUAAGGCAAUGCAUUACUUACCCCUUAUACCUAGGUUAAAGAGAAGGCCACCUGGUAUUCUGUGUCAUCCGUCGGAUGGAGAAGCAUGUAAGUAUUUUGAUAGAGUAUUCCCGGAUUUUGCUAAUGAACCAAGAAAUAUUAGGUUGGGUUUAUGUGCUGAUGGAUUCACUCCAUUUUCUGUCUCUGCUGCACCAUAUUCAUGUUGGCCAGUGUUUGUUACGCCGCUAAAUCUUCCUCCUGAGUUAUGUAUGACAAGUCCAUAUUUGUUCCUAACUUGCAUUGUUCCAGGUCCACGCAAUCUGAAAAUUUUGAUUGAUGUAUACUUGCAACCUUUAAUUGAUGAGUUAAAGUUAUUGUGGCAUGAAGGUGUGGAAACAUAUGAUAUAUCAACUAAACAAAACUUCAGAUUGCGUGCUGCUUUGAUGUGGACUAUAAAUAAUUUUUCUGCUUAUGGAAUAUUGUCCGGGUGGUCGACUGCGGGAAAGUUAGCUUGCCCAACUUGUAUGAAAGACACAAAAGCAUUCACGCUGAAACAUGGAGGAAAGAACACAUGGUUUGACUACCACCGUCGAUUCUUGCCUAGGGAUCACGAGUUUAGGAGAAAUACCAGUGCAUUUAUGAAGAACCAAACUGAUUAUGAGGAGCCACCAUCAGUAUUGUCGCCAGAAGAAAUUUGGAACAGAGUUAGGAGUAUACCUAAGGUAACAGAGUCUCCAAUGUCUAAUAAGAUACCUGGUUAUGGUGUUACGCAUAAUUGGACUAAACAGAGCAUAUUCUGGGAGUUACCUUAUUGGAAGUAUAAUCUUCUUCGGCAUAAUCUGGAUGUUAUGCAUAUCGAGAAAUUUUUUUUUGACAACUUAUUUAAUACUGUAAUGGAUGUCAAUAACAAGACAAAAGAUAACUUGAAGGCAAGGAUGGACUCGAAGGAAUAUUGUAGGCGAAGUGAGCUGUACCUGACAUACUUGAACAACAAGAUUCAGAAGCCCAAGUCCAGUUACACAUUCACUUUAGAUGAGAGAAGAGAGAUUUGUGAUUGGGUUAAGAAUUUGAGGAUGCCUGAUGGAUACGCGUCAAACAUAUCUAGGUGUGUUGACAUGAAAGAAGGGAAGUUGAUAUCUGUGAAAAGCCACGAUUGUCACAUUUUCCUCGAAUCUUUGAUGCAUGUUGCACUCAAAGCCUUGCCUGAUAGAAUAUGA